GUGUGUGUGUGUGUGUGUGUGUGUGUGUGUUGUUGGGGUUUUUUUGCUGGUUACCUGUCCUAUAUUCUGAUUCGGGGGUGGAGGCAGGUUGUGUAUAAAUAGUGAAGUUCUCAGAGCGAUGUCUUCACUUCAGCCUCCUCUCUCAGGUUAAAAAAACUUCUGUCUCCCGACUUUCUGAUCUCACUCGUUCAACCGUCCACAGAGAUGAAGCUCCACGUUUCCACGGUGACACCAUCCCUCUGUCCAGCGAUGCUCGUCCUGCUGCCGCUGCUCCUGAUUGGCUGGGCCCAGCUGAUCGCAGCGCACCCUGUGGACCGGGCGCUCAGCCACCCGCUGCGGAGCCCCGACACGUACCAGGCCGUCCGGGAAGUGUCGCAGCACGCUCAGACUUCACUGACGGAGGACGACUCCAGCACCAGACUGUUUCCUCGGGUCAGCGGUGACCAGGACCACAUGAAGAUCUGCUGCCUCCACGCCAACAUCCUGGACUUCUACCUGAACAACAUCCUGAUUCACAGCGCCGACACGCAUCCCAAGAUGCUCCGGCUGAAGACCGACCUGUCCCGCGUCAGCGACGACCUGCAGACUCAAGGCUGCAGCGUGACUCACUAUCACGAUCAUCUUCACGCCGUGGAGUUUCGCCGGAGACUCAACAGGAUGGAGGCCAAGCGAGGUCUGAACAAAGCCGUGGGAGAGAUCGACAUCCUCUUCACGUACCUGCAGGAUUACUGCGUCCAGCCGAGAAACUCCAGCGACGCCACCGAGUGACGCCUCCACUGUUUCUUCUGAACUAUUUAUAUUUAUCAGCUUUUAUACAUCCACUUUUUAUACUUUAAGUUAUUCAUCUAUUUAAUAUGAGAAACAUAUUUAAAAAGUUUUUUUAAAAUAUAAAUAUUUAUUAAAACUCGGUUGCGACAGUUUUAGUUGUUGAUCUGUUUAUUGAUCAGAAUGUUUGGAUACCGGAGCUGAAGGAUCCCGGUGUCGACCACGUUGCCAUGUUCAUGGCGGAUUAUUAGUUUUAUUACAGUUUUAAAAGAAAUGUCUUGUUACAUGUCGUGGAUGUGAUGAAAAAAAUACAUGUAAACCCAUUUUUUACUUGAAUAAAUAAAGUUUGGUUCAAAUAUGAAA